UAGCCGCAGGCCACGCUCCGCUCGGGUGUGUGUUCUCCGCUCCGGGAGCCCGUGUCCUCGGGGAGUGCCCGGCAGCAUCGGUGACGGUCCCCGGGCCUCCAGGAGCUCGGGCGGCCGCGGACGGCGCGGAGAAAUGAACACAGAAGCAGAACAGCAGCUUCUCCAUCAUGCCAGAAAUGGCAACGCAGAAGAAGUGAGACGGCUGCUGGAAACCCUGGAGCGGAGUGGAGCAACUGCUGACAUUAACUGCAAAGGAAGAAGUAAGUCUAAUUUGGGCUGGACCCCUCUACACCUGGCAUGCUAUUUUGGACACAGACAAGUGGUCCAGGAUCUGUUGAAGGCUGGCGCAGAAGUGAAUGUGUUAAAUGACAUGGGAGACACACCACUGCAUCGAGCAGCCUUCACAGGACGAAAGGAGUUGGUAAUGCUUCUCUUAGAAUACAAUGCUGAUACGACUGUGGUAAACGGGAACGGACAGACAGCAAAAGAAGCCACUCAUGACAAAGAAAUCAGAAACAUGCUUGAAGCUGUUGAAAGGACUCAGCAAAGAAAGCUCGAGGAAUUGCUUUUGGCAGCAGCGAGAGAAGGCAGAGCAGCCGAGCUGACAGCUCUGCUCAGCAGGCCCAAUCCCCCUGAUGUUAACUGUACGGAUCAGUUAGGAAACACUCCCUUGCAUUGUGCGGCUUACCGGGCCCAUAAGCAGUGUGCCUUAAAGCUCCUAAGAAGUGGAGCCAACCCUAAUCUGAAGAACAAGAAUGAUCAGAGACCUUUUGACCUUGCUCAAGGUGCUGAAAUGAAACAUGUUCUUGUUGGUAAUAAGGUCAUCUACAAAGCCCUGAAACGCUAUGAAGGCCCCCUCUGGAAGAGUUCAAGGUUUUUUGGCUGGAGGUUAUACUGGGUAGUGUUGGAACAUGGAGUCCUUUCAUGGUAUAGAAAACAGCCUGAUGCUACCCAGAAUAUUUAUCGCCAGGGGUGCAAACAUCUGACGCAAGCAGUGUGCUCGGUGAAGCCCACUGACAGCUGCCUCUUCUUCAUCCGAUGCUUUGAUGACACCAUUCAUGGCUUCAGGGUUCCUAAGAACAGCCUUCAGCAGUCAAGAGAGAAGUGGCUGGAAGCUAUCGAAGAGCAUUCUGCUUACAGCACUCACUAUUGCUCCCAGGACCAGUUGACUGAUGAUGAAGAGGAAGAGACCAUUUCUGCUGUGGACUUGAAGGAGUCCUUGGAGAAAGCACAAGCAUGUCAACAACGACUAGAUAGGGAAAUUUCCAGCUUUCUCAGAAUGAUUAAGGAAUGUCCCAUGGCUAAAGAAAUCCUUCCAUCAUUUCUUCAGAAAUUUGAAGUUGUCUCUGAAGCGUCUAGAGAAACUUGUGUAGCUUUGAGUGAUUGCCUUAAUCUCUUCACUAAGCAAGAAGGGGUGAGGAAUUUUAGAUUGGAACAGGAACAAGAAAAAAACAAAAUUUUGUCAGAAGCACUGGAGGCUUUAGCCACUGAGCACCAUGAACUAGAACGGUCUCUGGUCGAAGGCUCCCUGCCUCCCAGCAUCCUUAGUGAAGACGAGUUCUAUGAUGCACUGUCAGAUUCCGAGUCCGAACAGUCCCUGAGCCGACUAGAGGCUGUGACAGCACACUCCUUUGAAGAGGACGAAGUGACCCUGGGCAGUGGAAAACACAGGAUGUCUGAAGGAAAAGAUUGUGGUGGGGGAGAUGCGCUCUCCAAUGGCAUCAAGAAGCACAGAACCAGCCUGCCUUCUCCUAUGUUCUCCAGGAACGACUUCAGCAUCUGGAGCAUCCUGAGAAAAUGUAUCGGAAUGGAACUAUCCAAGAUCACGAUGCCAGUCAUUUUUAAUGAGCCUUUGAGCUUCCUACAACGACUCACUGAGUACAUGGAGCACACUUACCUCAUCCACAAGGCCAGUUCACUUUCUGAUCCUGUGGAGAGAAUGCAGUGUGUAGCUGCAUUUGCUGUGUCUGCUGUUGCUUCUCAGUGGGAACGGACUGGAAAGCCCUUCAACCCACUUCUGGGAGAGACUUACGAAUUAGUUCGAGAUGACCUUGGAUUCAGACUCAUCUCCGAACAGGUCAGCCAUCACCCACCCAUCAGUGCGUUUCAUGCAGAAGGAUUAAACAACGAUUUCAUCUUCCAUGGCUCAAUCUACCCCAAGCUGAAGUUCUGGGGGAAGAGUGUUGAAGCAGAACCCAAAGGAACCAUCACAUUAGAGCUUCUUGAACACAAUGAAGCUUACACGUGGACAAACCCUACCUGUUGCGUGCACAACAUCAUCGUGGGCAAGCUCUGGAUUGAGCAGUACGGCAACGUGGAGAUCACCAACCACAGGACUGGAGACAAAUGUGUCUUGAAUUUUAAGCCAUGUGGUCUUUUUGGGAAAGAAUUGCACAAAGUUGAAGGCUAUAUACAAGAUAAAAGCAAGAAGAAGCUGUGUGCCCUCUAUGGGAAGUGGACGGAGUGUUUGUGCAGUGUGGACCCUGCCACUUUUGAUGCUUACAAGAAGAAUGAUAAGAAAAACACAGAAGAGAAGAAGAACAGCAAACAGAUGAGCUCUUCCGAGGAGUCAGAUGAAAUGCCAAUGCCAGAUUCAGAAAGCGUAUUCGUUAUCCCUGGAAGUGUUCUCCUGUGGCGCAUAGCUCCACGGCCUCCCAAUUCUGCCCAGAUGUACAAUUUUACCAGCUUUGCAAUGGUAUUGAAUGAAGUGGACAAGGAGAUGGAGAGUGUGAUUCCUAAGACGGACUGCAGGCUGCGGCCCGACAUUCGAGCCAUGGAGAAUGGAGAAAUAGAUCAAGCUAGUGAAGAAAAAAAACGACUUGAGGAAAAACAAAGAGCAGCCCGCAAAAACAGGUCCAAGUCAGAAGAGGACUGGAAGACAAGGUGGUUCCAUCAAGGUCCUAAUCCCUACAAUGGAGCACAGGACUGGAUUUACUCUGGCAGCUACUGGGACAGAAACUACUUCAAUUUGCCUGACAUUUAUUAAAAGUGCAAACAAGUCAAAUCAGGGUGUUUGCUAAUCUAUGAAUAAGUCUUAAACAUAUGUUUUUAAAGCUAUUCCCUUGGUUUCUACUCAUCUUUUCAAAGGAAAAAAGAAAAACACCUGUUCAUGAGAUAACUUGAAUUCCACCCAACAAUAUAGGUGAUGCAGGUCUUGGGAAAAUACACUUUCUUAACCAUACAUACUUGUUUGGAAUAUCUUAUAGAAAGGUCAGAGAAACUGGGAGAGGAUGCUUUUUCUGACUGCUAUUGCCAUGUAUACUGGAGGUUUCUCCCUAAAUGUAACUUUAGCUUAUGGAGUAACAUAGGAACCAAAUUGUCAUUUUGAAUAUUUGAUGCUGGAAUGCUUUAGGACUCUCCUUUACAGUGUUUACGUGCUCUGAGGUAGAGGUUGUCAUUUUAUAAAAACUAAAUUUGGCAAGAUGGCUUUGAUUCCUACUAAUCCUCAGUUUCACCCCAUCCCCCCUUCAAAUGACAACAACAAAAAUCCUGAGUAUUCAAGUUUCUGAUUUCAAAGUUCUAAAUGAUUAAACUGGAAAAGGAAUUUAAUUUUCAUAAUGCUUUGAAUUUACUAUUACAGUUUUUGUGAUCACUGUCAUUAGUUUAAAGGGUUACAUUGUAUCUGUUUGAACUGAAAAUAUGUAUAAGAUCCAGCAAUUUACAAAUGCCCUAGAAAUAGAUUUUAAUCAUUAUUAUUACUUAAUGACAAACCUUUAAGCUUUAACAUCCAGUGGCAAAUGCCACCACAGAAAUCAAGCUGCACUCCUGUAUUAUAAGCAUCAAACUACAUAAAAGGAGGUCUUGUGCAUUUCACGUUUGCAAGGUACCUAUGUACUUAAAACAUGUAUGGAGACCUACUGUAUAGUAGAUUUGCCCCUUUAAUUGGGGCAUAUUAAUCUUAUAGUAUUUAUCCUCCCAGACCACAGACUGAAAUAUUGCUUUCAAAGGGGCCAUCGGUCACUUUCAAUAAAUUAUUUUAAUUGCUGUCUUGAAGUUAACAAAUGUUACAUAAUGAAAUAACCUACCUGAUGCUAAAUAAAGACUUUAGGAUAUUCCAACAAA